AUGAAAAUAAAUGAAUAUUUAAGACAAUCAAUUAUUAGAUUAUUUGAAUUAAGAGUAGAAGAUAUAAACACGUGUAUUGAAGUAGUUAAAAAAGAUAAAACAACAUUUUUAAAAGCAAUAGAAGUGGUAUUUAAAUACGCACCAGAAAGUUCAAUAGUUAUUUCAAAAUUGAUUAAAAGACUCAAAAAUGAAUUACCAGAUUUACACGAUAGUACACUUAAAAUACUAGAGAAAGAAGAGUUUGAAAGUGAUAUCAUUAAAAGUAAAGAAAUAUUUAAAAAUGUACUAAAUAACAAUUUGAAUGUUUUACCAGAAUCUCAGUUUAUUAUUUCUAACAUAUUUAAUAAUUUUCAAUUUAAUAAUUAUAUGAUUGUAAAGAGAUGUGCGUUUAUUGAAUCUAAAGAGAUUAUUAAAUAUUUAAAAACUUUUUUAAGUCACGAUAAUCUUUUAGUGGUUGUAAAAUUAUUUGAAAACAACACUAACUUUUUUAAUGAAUUGUACUUGAAUUACAAAGAAUUUACUGAUAAAAACUUAGUUAAAAUGUUAAUAUCUUUAAUAUUCAAUUCUUAUGAAUACAGUGAAAUAGAAGAUGAAAUGUUUGGAGAAAUGUUUGAUGUUGUUGGAUGUGAUUUUAUUAAAAAAAUUGGUGAUGAUAAAAUCAAGAGGUGUGGAAUUGCUUAUACUGAAUAUACACCCGAAAUAGAUUUAAGUAAUGUUUAUACAGAUCCUAACUAUUCAGGUGAAUUUAAAUUUGAUGAUUUUAUUCAAAUUGCUUCUAAAUCACCAGAACAUGCUUUAUUCUAUUUAGAAAAAUAUAAUAUUCCAAAUAAGGAAGUUGUAUAUCUUAAAUUAAAAGAAUUAUGUGGUGAAAGAUUUUAUGAAAUAAUUACUAAAUAA